AUGGCUUCCCAAGCAGAAGUCUCUUAUACAGCUGGCACCGCCAACAAGCAGCGAUUUCUCUUACACUGGCAGGCCAAGUACAUCGUCGCCAACAACCUUCCGGCCAAUGAUGCCCACUGGGAUUCGGAUGAUCCUGCAUGGGUCGGUAAGGCAUCCAUGUCAAAGCACCAUCGCUUUUUGAUCCGCAGGAAUCUGCACUGGCGGUGGUUCAAUGCUCUGGUCUUCGGCAUGCUUGACGAGAAUGAUAUGGUUUACCCACACGGUCAAUGCUGUCGGGAAGCGGUCGCAGAGUUAAACAUGAUGAAGGAUGCUGCCUUGGCAUGGGUUGCUGGAGUGAGGUCUGAAGAAGGGUGGUCCGAGAAUGUGGGGCUUUUCUUCCAUUGCUAUGGGCACAAUAGUGUGAACUCCUUGCACUUGCACGUCAUCGAUAUGGACUACAUCGGUCCCAGCUUCCAUAGUCAGGAGUUCAAAAACCUGCCAUUGGAAGAAGUGCUCAAGGAUGUUGACCGGACGCCGAUCAACGGCACCUUAGCCACCAUGGAUUCCCAUCCAGCCAUCGACGAAAGUGUUGACCUCAAGGCAGCCAGUGUGAAAGCCUGCCCAGUGAUCAACAAUGCGGAAUCCUUUCGGGCGGCCAGAGAGAACUUCUGGAAGUUGGGGGGGCCCCCGGGCUCCUCGAGCGGCAGAGCAUGGGGUCGGACGGAUGGCUGUGCACUGAACGUGAACGUGUGGUUUUGUUUCAUGCAGAAAAAGGAGUCGGGAUCCUCCAAGCUGACGACCUCCACGAAGCCCUUCAAUGUCUUCGCACGCUUGGCGUAUCAAGACACGGUGGCCCGGACCUUGAUCGCCUCGGAAAGUGGCCUCUCCAAGUUGACGAAAUCCAGAUGA